CAUUGCCAUUUUCCGGCAUGUGACGUUUUGUUUUCUGUUUCGUCUCUGCCGAUUUUAUUUUUUCUAUUCAUUUCAAUUUUGUGUUUAGAAGAGAGAAGAGGUAAGCCACGCUAACAAAAAAUUUUAAUCUUUAAAAAUUUAAACCAUCUUGUUAAAAUUUACAACUGAAACAAUCUAAAUUAACUUAUUUUACAAUUAUAAAGUCAACUACAUAAUUAUUUUAUGGCUGAUGAUGAUUUUUCAAAACAAACUAAAGUCUUAUCCGACAUCGAGUUGGAAAGACUUAAAAUUCAAGAUACACGAAAAGUUAGUGAAUACAAAGCGAACACGCUUGAAAUAGAAGCUAAAAAGAAUUGGGAUCUAUUUUACAAACGCAAUGAAACUAGAUUUUUUAGAGAUCGUCAUUGGACGACGAGAGAAUUUCAAGAUCUUUUAAAUCGAGCCGAAUGUACCGAACGAGUAUUGUUCGAAAUAGGAUGCGGCGUAGGCAAUUUCAUUUACCCAUUAAUAGAAGAAAAGUUAAAUUUUAGGAUAGUAGCUUGCGAUUUGUCUCCAAGAGCGAUUGAAAUUGUGAAAAAUAACUCUAAGUAUAACCCAAGUUGCAUGCACGUGUUUCAAGCUGAUAUAACCACAAAGCAUGUUUUUACACAAAUUGAAGAAAGUAGUAUAGAUAUAGCCACAUUAAUUUUCGUACUUUCUGCUAUUCAUCCAGACAAGUUUUUAUCUACUUUAAAAAAUAUUUACAAGUUACUUAAACCUAAUGGAAUCUUACUAUUUAGAGAUUAUGGUUUAUAUGAUAUGGCCCAACUCAGAUUUAAAGCUGGCCAUAAAAUAGCAGAUAAUUUGUAUAUGCGGCAGGAUGGAACUAGAUGUUACUAUUUUUCUAUAGAAUAUUUAGGGCAUAUUUUAAAAGAGAUUGGUUUUGAGAUAGCUUCAAAUACUUAUAUACACAGGAGGACUAUUAAUAAGAAGGAGAACAUUGAUGUCCCUAGAAUUUUUGUGCAGUGCAAAGCUAUAAAACCAGAUUGAAAAAAAGAAAGAAGUGAAAAUGCUGAAAAGGACAUGUUUGAAACACAUUUUGAACUUUAAUUUCGCUGAUUUGCAGGGUCAUACGGAGAUACAGCAAAAAUGAUUCCUAUAAAUGUAAAUUCAAUCCUGGCAAUUUUUUUUGAAAGCUUGACGGCCGACGUUUUAAGACUACUCAAAUUGGAAACUUAAUUGAGGAAAAUGUAAUUAUCUUGAAGAUGUUAUUCAAAGGCGAUUAUGCAGUUGAAAUUCAGAAUUGAAGAUGAAUGCCUAUCCCAAGUUUUGGAAACAACUGCACAAAUGUACUGAUAUUGCCUUGCUAACUGGAUUUGUAUGACAUUGCAAGAAGCCAGUAUUAUAAUGUGUGACAGCAACAGCCAAAUGGAAUAAAUUCAGAGCUCAAUUACUGUUCAUAUGGGAUCAAUAAUUUUAGAGCUUGAAAGUUGAUUUUUAUUUAUUGUAUGAUGAAACUAUUAAACAAUAAAAUAUUGAGAUAUUAAG